GGACACGGCCCCGACCACGGGGCGGCCUGGCCCGGGGUGCGCACAGUCCAGCCAACUGUGCGACCGCUGUCCAGACACGGGACGCCCACAUCCGACACCCCCCACAACCUCGCCGGCGGCCUAGCCGGCGCUCCCUUGGUGCUGCAGAGGGAGUGUCGCAAGACAAAAGGGCGGCUCGGCCUCCCCAUGACCCCGGCUUACAAAUGAAGACCAUGCCCCGCUUCAAGCGUCCGUCCACCCGGCGUCUCGGCCCGCUCAGGGGGAGCGGGGACGGGCUGCGUGAGCACCAGGCCUCAUUCUCUGACCCCAACACCUAAACAAUUCAUUUCAAUUAAUUCCUCGCGAUUGGAGUAGACGGUCUCACCCGUACCCCGGGUGUGUAUAACGGCAACUGGACGACUCCUCACCCGGGCUCAGUCGGUCUCCUCAACGACUGGGAGGAAAAUGCCGCGUGCCGCCGGCCGGCUUCUGCUUCUCAGCGAUGAAACGCACCCGUCAGCCACCGCUGCUGCUGGCUGCCUGCCUCCUGGAACUUGUAGUCCAAUUCUCUAUUACAGACCGCUUCACGACAAGGAACUAAUUAAUAUAUGAACUGCAUUUCCCAUCAAACACUUCUCGGAGGCGCCGGCCUCCCAUGUGCCCACUGACGAAACGGCACUUCUUUGGAGACUCUCGCAUUCUCCCUCGGCCUUCUUGGAGUUGUAGUUCAAUAUGGGAGCCUUGCUUUGGCCUUGCCCAGUGACCAGGAUACCGAGGACAACAUUUCCCAUGACCGAUCGCUGCAAUGCCGCUAACGUAUACAACAUAGCUUUUCGAUGUACACAUCAAAGAUGGGGAAAAAAGUAUAUUUGUAGAUUGAAAUUAAAUCUGAAAGACAACCUAUAUUGUCAAACCCACCAAGUGAAACCAAGGAAAUGCCCCCCCCCGGCUGCGGGUCCCGUGACUGAUUGACGUCAACGAGCUGGAGCUGUCAUAGAGCGCCGCAAACGUCUCGCCCAGUAGGAGGAACUACAACGACCAUAGUGCCUUGCGGCGUAACCUAGGUAACGAGCGGCCGCAGGCUCGCCAACGGUCAGCGGAGGCUCCCCGGGGUGGCGUGGCACGGUGAGCGGCACGUCUGGUUUCCAACUGAACAUCCUGUGACUGUUGGUUCAUGGCCCUUCCAUCAGCCCCGCCAAGCUACUCCGAGGCAAUGGCAGGCAAAGAUCCCCGGUUGCCGGGUCACCAGCCAGUCUACGCUGUCCCACAGUCGGUGUACGCAGGCCAGCAGCCUUAUCCCAUGCAGCCGCCAUACGUGAUCCAGCAGCCUUACUCCAUGCAGCAGCCGUACCCUGGCCAGCAGCCCAGGGUCCAGUCAGGAGCAGUACAUCCCAACUGGGCCAUUGAACAGCCUGGCUCCCACCCUGGAUUCAGUCCUGGAUAUGCGUCUGCCGCAUUCCCCCCUUCCUCUCAGCCCAGCAACCUCGGGAGCAUUGACGCGUUUACCACAGAGGCCUGGAGCAACCAAAUGAUAAGGCACACGUUUAUCCGGAAGGUUUAUGCCAUUUUGAUGGUUCAGUUGCUGACGACCUUUGGACUCGUGGCUGUAUUUAUGUUCUGUGAACCAGUCAGGCGAUAUGCUCGUAAGAACGCAAUCUUGUACUACACCUCGUUUGUGGUCUUCAUCGUCACCUACCUCAUCCUCGCCUGUUGUUCAGGAGUCAGGAGGCGGUAUCCCUGGAACGUAAUUCUUCUGGCAGUGUUUACUCUGGCUUUGUCAUACAUGGCAGGGAUGCUCACUAUCGUCCACAACACAAAGACUGUGCUACUGUGCAUUGGGAUAACGGCCUUGGUGUGUCUAGCAGUCACCAUCUUCUCCUUCCAAACAAAGAUUGACUUCACCUCGUGCAAGGGGCUGAUGUUCGGGCUGGUAAUAGCCUUACUACUCACCGGCCUGGUCAUGGUCUUCACCGUCCCCUUUGGAUACCUGCCAUGGUUACAGAUCGUAUAUGCAGGACUUGGAGCCAUCGUCUUCACUGUGUUCCUGGCUUACGACACACAGCUGCUGGUGGGCAACAAGCGCUACUCGCUGAGCCCCGAAGAGCACAUCUUCGCCGCGCUUUGCCUCUACGUCGACAUCGUCUUCAUCUUCUUCUUCAUGCUCCAACUCUUCGGAGGCCGCGAGUGAGCAGCCGGCGGACGCUCGGCCCUUUCCCACUCGCCUAUCCCUCCGCCGGAGAAACCAACACGGCUCGAUCCCCGCUUCCAGCACCAGUCACCGCUCCGUGAACCUCACUCCCGGGACCCGCUCCUUCCUCGCCCUCUGCUCAACUUGCCCCCACUUCUGCUGACUUUCCCCGCAUCACAUCUCUCUUUCCGGGUCUACAGACACCGCCCCAGGUCGCCUCAGCUCAAAUCCUCCCAGGCUCCGUUCGGCGGGGAUUGGGGCAGCGAUUAUCUGCCGAGUCGGAACUUUAUUCCAACCAAAGAUCUUUGAUUCCACCCGCCUUCCCUCCCACCAGGUCUAAGAUCAUUAUUACCGAUCCUCCCAACAACAGAGCAGGCGGCGACUCUCCUCCCCGAUCAGUAUACACUUUGAUAUAUUGUAGAUGUGGGCAAAUGUUGGAGCGAACUCCUCUCCUAUCCCCGGAACAAAGGCGGCUCCGCCUCACCGCCGGCUCCCCUGCAGCCCCACCUGUCCUGGGGCCACGCUGCCGCCGCACCCACUUCAACACAUCUCAGCUGUAAACAUUUUCCAAUUCUCUCUAUGGUGGCGACGGUAUUUUCCGUAACCUCUGUGCCCCGUUCAAUUAAAGUAUUGUUACAACUUU